CCGGCUCGUCCUGUUUACUCGAGCCAGCUGCUUUUUAAAUCUCCUUUCGUAGUUUCGAGGAAACUUUUUUUUUCCUUAAGUAAAAUGAGUCGGAUAUUACGGUUGCUGUGUUCAGAGUGCUUUAAGUCAGGACGCGAGAGCUGGAGAAGAGGACACAGCGUGUUAAAGUGUAAUUCAGCCGCAGCGUUAAAGUUCAAAAAUUUUCCAUUGGAUCAAGUUAAAUUAUGGUUAGGAUCCAAAGAAUUGUUGCUGUCACAAUCACGUGUCCUCUCCAGCAAACUACCAAAAGGGUUUGAGAAGUUCUUUCCAAAGAGAUCAGGAGCAGAACCCAGAGCAGAGAAAUCCAGUGACCCGGAGUCCCAAAGUAACAGAGGAGGAGCGGGAACAGGUGGUGGUGAGAAGAAAGAAGAUGGCAGUCGGUGGUCUCGAAGUAUACGAAGAGACGUCCCGUGGGACGAGAAGCAGUUCUGGAAUGUCCUUUUUGCAGGAGCUGGGAUGCUGGUGAUGUUUCUUUAUUUACACCACCGAGAUAAAGGAAGAGAGAUAUCAUGGAGAGAGUUUGUUAAUUACUACCUCGCUCAAGGCCUGGUUGAGAAGCUGGAAGUGGUUAAUAAGCAGUAUGUCCGAGUGUUUCUUUCCCCCAACGUCAACACGUCAGAAGUGAGUUAUCUGUGGUUUAACAUCGGUUCCGUGGACACAUUUGAGAGGAAUUUGGAGCAAGCAGAACAGGAGCUGGGUUUGGAGGAUCUACGCAAGCUGUCGGUGCUCUACACCACCGAGAGUGAUUGGUCGUUCCUCGUGAUUUUACUCCCAUCCAUCGCGCUGCUUGGUUUGGUCCUGUUCAGCUCGAGACAGUGGAAGCCUGGAGGAUUGCAGCGCACGCGAGGAAACAAUAUCUUUAGGAUGACGGAGACCAAAGCGAAGAUGUUUAGAGACAGUGGUAAUGUCCGGCUCAAGGACAUUGCUGGCUGUGAAGAAGCCAAGCUGGAGAUUUUAGAGGUCGUAAACUUCCUGAAGAGGCCCAAACAGUACCAGGAACUGGGUGCCAAAAUUCCAAAGGGUACUGUGUUAACUGGUCCACCUGGGACAGGAAAGACCCUUCUGGCCAAAGCGACUGCUGGAGAAGCGGGAGUUCCCUUCAUAACGGUCAACGGCUCCGAGUUUCAGGAGAUGUUUGUCGGUGUAGGAGCAGCGCGGGUGAGAGACACGUUUGCGUUGGCCAGAAGACACGCCCCCUGUAUCCUCUUCAUUGAUGAGAUUGAUGCAAUAGGCAGGAAGAGGGGCCAAGGGCACUUUGGUGGGCAGAGUGAGCAGGAGAACACACUCAACCAGCUGCUGGUGGAAAUGGAUGGAUUUAACAGCAGCACUAAUGUCGUGGUUCUGGCUGCCACUAACCGCGUGGACGUUUUAGAUCCGGCACUGUUGAGACCUGGACGUUUCGACAGGCAUAUUCACAUAGGACCUCCUGAUAUUAAAGGCAGGGCUUCGAUCUUUAAAGUGCACAUGAGGCCACUGAAGCUGGAUUCCAGUCUGACCUCAGACAAUUCAGCAAGAAAACUGGCUGCUCUUACACCUGGCUUCACAGGGGCUGAUAUUGCAAACGUCUGUAACGAAGCAGCUCUGAUUGCGGCGCGGCACCUCAGCCCGGCCGUGACCUCCAAACAUUUUGAGCAAGCUGUAGAGAGGGUGAUCGGAGGUCUGGUAAAGAAGACGAGGGUUCUUCAGCCUGCCGAGAAAACCACCGUGGCUUACCACGAGGCGGGCCACGCUGUCACAGGCUGGUUUCUGGAGCACGCUGACCCUCUGCUGAAGUUGUCCAUCAUCCCUCAAGCUAAAGGACUGGGCUAUACACAGUACCAGCCUAAGGAGCAGUACCUAUUCACGCGCGAGCAGCUUUUUGACAGGAUGUGCGUGAUGCUCGGAGGGCGUGUGGCCGAGCAGGUGUUUUUCGGCAAGAUCACCACCGGCGCUCAGGACGACCUGAGAAAAGUCACACAGUCUGCCUAUGCUCAGAUCAUGCAGUUUGGUAUGAGCGAGUCGGUGGGUCAGAUGGUGUUUCAUUUGCCGCAGCAGGACGAGCUGGUGUUGGAGAAGCCUUAUAGUGAGGCCACUGCUGAGCUCAUAGAUCAGGAAGUGCGUUCUCUCAUCAGCAAGGCCUUCGAGAGAACACACCAGCUCAUCACCGAGAAUCGAGAGCUGGUGGAGAAGGUGGGGAAGCGUCUCCUGAAGAACGAAGUCCUGUACAAAGCGGACAUGGUAGAACUGUUGGGCCCGAGGCCGUUUGUAGAGAAAUGCACCUAUGAGGAGUUUGUGGAUGGGACUGGCAGCAUCGACGAGGACACAAGUCUGCCCGAGGGGCUGAAAGACUGGGACAAGGACAGCGACAUGUCUCAGGAUGAGAGCACGGCACACAAAGAGUUUAUAUACCUGUAGCAUGGAUGGAGCUCUGUGGAGCUGGAUGAACAUUGGAACAGGUGAAGGAUCCCAAUCAAGGGCACUGAUUUCAGAUGUUUUAAGGUUCGUAUGGUAAGCAAGUGUUUUCCUGACUGAGACGAGGACCUGAAAAGGAGGUCCAAGCUAAAACAUCAAAGUAUUAAAGAAGACAGAGAGAUUGGGUUUCUGUCAGAUCCUGCUCGGGGCACCUUUACCCUUAUGAGAUCAGAUUUCAAAACAAGGAAGGUGGCACGUGACCAGCAUCAGAACCACAUAUAAAACCAAUUAAGCUUAAAAAAACAAAAACAAAAAAAAAACUGUCACCUCCCCCCUGACAUUAUGUACAAUUUUACUAGUAUCCAUAAGCAAGUCCAUCCAUAAUAAAUAAGCAAGUUAAACCACUGCAGUGGACUAAUUAUAAAUUUAUUAGCUGCCCCACUGGGUGAAAAAGUUUUUUUAAAAUAAUGUAAUAACAUAUAAGCUUGUUAUCUAGUUAAUUAGGAAUUAUGAUCAUUGAUACAGGCUAAGGGAAAUAAAUGCCUGUUUAUAAUUACUAUUUAUUUCUAACACUUUUUAUAAUGUAGCACAUGAUGAUGAUAAUGUUACUGACCUUGACAAAAAAAAAAAAAUCAAACAGAGUGUUGUGGAGUCCUCUUCCGUCGUACAGAAAACCUGUCCUAGCCGGCGUCUAAAUUUAGGAGUAAAGUCACUGGUACUUGUACAAAACAAAAAGAUCACCUGUGCACACUGAUUAAAAAAAAUAAAUCCAUUCCACAUCUCCUUAUCCAGGUCGCUGUGGCUGAUGUGUGUAGUGCAGCAAGUGAAGUGGUGCUUUAGGGUCAGUUUCUUGUUUAUGCUUUGGUAUAAACAAGUAUAUUGUUUAUACUUAUACUAUAAGUAUAAACUAGUUUAUACUAUACAUAUUUUACUGUAAGUUGAGCUCAGCAACUUCUGAAUGCAGUUUUUGCCCGUUCCAAAAGUUUCAGUCAUUAUGCAGCAAGAAAACACUGGAUUUGUUUAUUAAAAUUAUGAUUAUUAUAAUUAUUAUUUUUUACAAUUGGCAUAAUUAUUACAUUAAACAACCAUUAAAAGUAAAGAUGUAGCCUUUGGCUGUUGUUGGAGCACCACUGGAGUAAGGACAAAAUAAUUUCCCUUUCUCUACAAAUAAAAUGUGCAAUAGAGCUAUUUCAUCCACUAGGGUGCAAUAUUUGGUCAUGAACCUAUUGAGGUACAUUAUGGAAUGUUACUGAAUUGAAAUGUAUGUAAGUGUCAAAGGGUGUUCAAGUUAAACCCGGACUUGUGAUGACAGCAAUUCUAAAGUCCCAGUGUGACACACACACCUACAUAUAGAAAUGUUUGCAUUACCCUUAAUGAGCGGUUGCAAACUUUUGUGCAGGGUAUAAUGUUUGUUUUAAUAAAUUUUCUGGUUUUGUAAAUAAACUGUACAAUUUUUUUUUCCUUAUAAGAGGGAUACAAACUUUUGCACUCAAAAGCACUGUAUACUUCUUCUUGUUUUUAUUGUUGUUUGUUUCUUUAGAGACUUUUUUCAGAUUAUGCUGAAACACUGAACUAAAUGCAGAUGUUUUUCAAGAGCGGAUUGUGAAACACGGUUUCCUGCCUGGUUUAUGUGUCUUUUUUAAUCUUCGGUUAAUACUGAUGACAUUGUACCGACUCUGUAGCAUGCAGUUUGGAGCACUGAAGCAAUUUGUAAUAUACUGAACACUUACGAGCCGUGAGACAGUCUGCUCUUCACAUCUGUCUGUUGUUCUUUGUUCCUAAACACACAGUUUUUACAAAUGCUUUACUUGAAUUUCGAAAUUAAAAAGAUUGAAAUUGA